AUGCAUUCACUACCGAGUCCCCCCACUUCGAAUGCCGACUCGCCGUGGCAGCCCGCAAUCGCCACCGUUAGUCUCGGCGCGGCAAACCUCCACUCUAUCACGGCUAAAAUCGAGGCCGCUGCCCAGAAUGGUCAACUGGGACUAGAGCUAUUCCAUGAUGAUCUAGCGCAGUUAGCCAAGACUCUACGCUGUCAGUGCUCUGCGGCCCGCUCCGAUCGCGACUAUGAGAUCGACGCCGCACACGCCAUCCGCGAUCUCUGCGCGGAACGGGGCCUACGAGUAUUGGCACUCCAACCCUUCCGGCACUACGAGGGACUCCUCGAUCUAGAGCAGCAUGCCCAGCGCCUCGACGAGCUGAACCACUGGAAGCAGCUGUGUCAGAUCCUGGGCGAUGAUCUCUUCAUUCUCAUUCCGUCCUCCUUCCUGGACCCAUCUGAGAUCACGGGUGACCGAGACCGGCUCGUGGCCGAUCUCGCUCAAGCGGCCGAUGUGGCAUUCCCGGUCCGCGUUGCCUACGAGGCCCUAGCCUGGGGCACAUACGUGAAUACGUGGGAGGACUGCUGGGACAUUGUUCGGCGGGCCGACAGGCCGAAUCUGGGCAUCUGUCUGGACACGUUCAACAUCGCGGCCCGUGUGUGGGCCGAUCCUACCAGCCCGACGGGACGACUACCUUUGAACGCGGACCAGGAUCUGCAACGGUCGAUGAAGCGGCUCGUCCAGGAUGUCGAUCCGGACAAGGUCAUGAUGGUCCAACUAGCCGACGGCGAGCGGGUCGACCCACAGGUGCCCUUCCUUGAUGCACCGGGCCUGCCCAAGCUACUGACCUGGUCACGGAAUGCUCGACUGUUCCCGUGCGAAGAGGAGCGGGGCGGGUAUCUCCCCAUUCGCGAGGUAGCGGACGCCUGUCUCAACGGUCUGGGCUACACCGGAUACGUGAGUAUGGAAGUCUUUUCCAGAACCACCCAGGUGGACAAGCCCUCCGUGCCGAAUGAGCAUGCCGCACGAGCUCGUCAGUCCUGGCAGCGGGUCUUGGAGAGGCUAGACACAAAGGUCCAGAAGGUUGGUCCGACAUGCUAG